AUGCGAGUCCUUCUCCUUCUCCUCUUCGCUGCCACGUCAACAUGCUUCAAGAUUCUGGUUUGUGUGCCAAAGUUCGGCUACAGUCACAUGAAAACGAUGGGCAAACUGGCGGACAUUCUGGUGGAAAAUGGACACGACGUGGUAAGAGAGGGCACAAUUAGCGGGCGAGAGAGGAUUAGCGUGGCCGAUUGCAGACCUUUCUGAUGCCCGUCGACGCACCGGUUCCCAGCAAUGGAAGUAAUCUUGCCAAGGUCGUUCUGGUGCCGCCGAGUGAGUUGAGCACAUUCCAGAACGAAGAAAAACGGAUAAGUUUCAGGCGAGGAAGUGGUUAAUCUGAUGGAAGCGUCGAUGAAGACGGGAGCAGUGGCGAAUCUGUGGACGCAUUCGGCCAAUUCGAAGCAGGGAAUCAUGUGGUCGACCGAUCUCAUCGGCCAGGUUUCAUAUCUCAACACUAAAAGUUAGUGCAGCCUCGAUAACUCUGAAAGACGUCUCUGUUGAAGAUAUGAUCAACAAUGAAGACCUCGUUCGCCAAAUGAAAGAAGAGAAGUUCGACAUUGGAAUCACGGAGCUCUUUGACUUCUCGGGGCUUGCAUUCUUCGAGGUUAUUGGCCUGAAAAACGUUAUUGGAGCCCACACGACUAGUGUAUUCGAAGGAACUCUCAUGGCCACCGGAGCUCCGAUCCUCCCCUCUUUCGUGCCCAGUUCGCAGACGUUCACAGAUGACAGUGGAUCCCUGCUCUCCCGUCUCAACAAUCUUUACAUGACGUACUGGUCGUACGAGUUCCAGAAUAAAAUUCAAGGUUUCGCGCAGAAAGCGUUGGACGAACAUUAUGGGAAAGGCAAAGCGCCGAGGAUUUGGGUAAGAGGUGCUGAUCUUCGUGAGAAACUUGAGUCAUUUUCAGGAUCUCGUGAGAGAUAUCACGUGGUUCUUUGUGAAUUCCGAUCCGAUCUUUGACUUCCCGAAGCCGCUGCCGCAGAAUGUGAUCGAGAUUGCCGGCAUCUCGGUUUCCAAAACGAAUUCACUCGACAAAGAUUGGGAUGUCAUUUUGAGCGAAAGAAAGAAGAAUGUGCUCGUUUCAUUCGGAUCAAUUGCAUCUCCGACGACUAUGCCGGAAGCCGUCAAGAAAUCCAUUGUGACCACAUUUGCAGCGUGCGACCUCUUUUUGUUUCCAGUUUAAAAGAUUGGCUUCAGAUUCCCCGACGUGACAUUUAUCUGGAAGUACGAUGACACCGAGUCCCAUCUGACUAAACACCUCACAAAUGUGCACAUCGUCAAGUGGAUGCCUCAAAAUGACCUUUUGGGUGAGGCCGUAUCGCUUCUGAUAACUUCCUAACCGUCAAUUUGCAGCUGACAAGCGGGUCACAAUGUUCUGGACUCACGGAGGAAUGGGCAGUUUGAUGGAGAGUGCGCAGAAGGCAGUGCCGCUCAUCGUUGUCCCAAUCUUCGGAGAUCAAAUGAGAAAUGCGCAAAUUGCGAAGAGACAUGGAAUGGCUGUGAUCUACGACAAGAUGGAGCUGAGCAACUCGAAGAAACUGAUUGCCACGUUGAAGGAUGUGCUCGAGAACCCCGAAUACAAGAAGUCGGCGGAUCUUCUCGCCCGAAUCCUGGCAACUGAAAGGGUUUCCCCUCGUCAGAAGAUCAUCGAUACGGUAGAGUUGGCCGGAAGAUUCGGACAAAUGCCACGGUGGACAUCAGCCGGAAAGAACUUCUCGCUUCUCAAGUACUUCAACCUGGACAUUGUUCUCCUCUUCUUCUUCCUAAUUCUCUCUUCCGUUCUUUUCAUUCUUCAUCUCAUCAGGCAGGCCCUAGUGAAGCUUGGUUUCUCUGCAAACAAAGAGAAAUCCGAGUAG